AUGUCCUUCGACGUUGCCGACACCUCUGGACAGUCAUGGUUUGGCCCUGGUCAGGGUUUAACUCGCAUUUUUGGCUUUUCAUUCAUAGCAUCGCUCCUUCAAGGGAUGGGCACAAAGCUGGAAUCGAUCGGAAAUGCUGCAGGAGGAUCAAACUCGUAUUUUGGAAAUAGUAUGAAAUUGUUCUUAUUGGGAACCAUCAUUGAAAGUGGUCGGAGGUUUUUCUCAUGGGCAAUGGAAAGAUUCAAACCGUUCCAAUACUCAAUUACCGCACAUUUUUCCGAAGGUGACCCUGCCUACGACUGGAUCAUAUUGUUUCUGACUGAGGAAAAAGUGUGGACACGCUCGAGACAGUUUCAAGUCAAUGCCGCAUCUUCUCUUCGACAAUGGACGGUCAACUUGGCGUCUAACCCCAAGCCGGGUGGGCACGUCGAUGAACACGCAGAGUACGUCCCAACAUAUGACGAACCACAGCUGUUUCGAUGGAGGGGAUACUGGGCCGAAAUCAGGAGGAGUGGAUCACAAAAAAAUCAAGCAAAUUAUAAUGCUUUUAUCAUGGAUGGAAGUGGGUCUUUGGGAAAGCUGUCAUUGACGCUAUAUACUCGCGAUAUGAGCGCGUUGUCUGCAUUGGUCGAUGAUGCGCGAAAGAAAUAUAUGGCCACUAGUAGACCACAUGUCAUUGUGCAUAGCGCUGACCAGGCAAUGCUAUCUAAUCAUCGAGGCGGCGCAUGGCGCAACGCGAAACGCAAGAACCGUAGACCACUCAGUUCAAUCAUCCUGCAGGAAGGUGUUAUAAGUUCCCUUGUUAAGGACGCUCGGGAAUUUAUCAAAUCGGAGGCUUGGUACAUAAAGGCAGGUAUUCCUCAUCGAAGAGGAUAUCUUCUAUAUGGUCCCCCAGGAACAGGAAAAACAUCAACAAUAUACGCGGUCGUCAGUAGGAAUGUCGUUGAUGCGUUUUGUGAGUGUCUAACAAUAGUUUUACAGGCUGGAGAAUUGGGUCUCGAGAUAUAUUCUCUUGCGCUUUCGUCAAACAUGCUUGAUGAUGCAAUGCUGGCACGAUUGGUAUCAUCAAUACCAAAACAAGCCAUAAUCCUUAUUGAAGAUAUCGAUUGCGCAUUUCCUUCUCGCGAAGAUCAGGAGAAUGAGGAAUCGUCGAUGCGUGGUAUGAUGAUGGGAAUGAACAUGAUGGGGAUGAAUAGACGCGCUAUGAACAUGGCAAGACCCGGAUCCGCCGUGACUCUCUCGGGGCUCCUUAACGUUCUCGAUGGUGUUGGAAGUGAGGAAGGGAAACUAUUUUUUGCAACGACAAACUACGUUGAACGACUGGAUCAAGCUCUUUUACGUCCUGGACGAAUCGACGUGAAAAUUCCAUAUCAGCUUGCAACACAGGAACAAGCUGCUGCAUUGUUUGUACGCUUCUACCCAGAUGACGAGCUUACCGUGGAUGCAGGAUUAGAUAUCGAAAAGAAAUCUCUUCCUGACUUUGCGAAGCCAUUGGACAUACCUGCACUUGCAGAACGUUUUGCAUCUUUUGUUCCCCAGCAUGAAUUUUCCACAGCCGAGUUGCAGGGUUUUCUUCUGUCCUGCAAAAAUGAUCCCCUUCGUGCAGCAGAUGAAGUCGGUGCAUGGGUGGAACGAGAGAAAAAGGACAAGUUGGAGCGUUUAAAAAGAGAAGCCGAGGAGAAGGAAAAGAAGGAGGAAAAAAAGGAGGCCCAUGAGACCAAGCGUUUGCGAGGCGGGUUAGCGAGACUCGGCGUUUCUGUUGGAGGUCAAGAACCAAAAUUUGAAGCUCUGCCUUACCUCAAUUCAACGGUUACCCCUCAACAUCGUGCUAAAGUUGAUGAUAAACCUGAUGCAAAUGGAGCUGCUAUGGAUCAAUACCAUGCUGAAGCUUCCACUUCGAAAGUAUCUCAGGUGGUUGACCCUAACGGCUCGACUUUGCUGUAG